CGUUCCGCUUGUGUUGAAGAGGCGCGAGUCGCGCAAUUCUGACGCGCCUGUGCGAUUCCGGGAGAACGUUCCGCUCGACGCGUCGCACGCGGCAACUCAAUAAACUCAAUGGCCGUGGCGGAGAAAUUAAUUCAGAGCGUGUACGCGUACCCGGUGCUUUACAACGUGUCGUACCGGGAUUACUGCAGCUCUGAGAGGCGGGCGAAAGCGUGGAGGGAGGUCGCCGCGUCUGUGGGACUCUCCGUGGUGGAAUGCAAAAGAAGAUGGAAGAGUUUAAGGGACAGGUACAUCAGAGAGAGGAGACUGUGCGCACUAAGGAAGGAACAAGGGGGACGUCGCCUUCACUACUGGCCGCACAGAGAAACCCUUUCAUUCCUGGAUGCUCACAUCAGAAAGAAAAAGCGGGACGGCGAAGCCGAGGGUUCGGAAGAUCUGGAUGACGUGGCUGGAAGUGGUCAGGAUUCACCCGAGGAAUCACUCGACGAGUCCAGCGGUGGCGAUUCAAAGCCGGUCGAGUCAACCUUGGACAAGUCAAAGGAGGUCGAUUCCAAGUCUGAACAGUCCACGUGUGACAAGUCCAAAACAGAAGACACAAAGGAAUUCAUGUCUAAUUUCCCAGAGACGAAGCCUUCAAUGUCUCCCCAGAUAAAACCAAAUAUCACAGCUCAGUUAAAUCCCUUGUCACAAUUGCCCCUGUCUUUUGUGACACAGCUUGCCCCCAUCAAACAGGUCCAACAAAUGACCCAGCUCGCUGUGGUCACCAGUCUGCCGCCCGGUCUGAAGGUCUCGCGGGCUUCAAAUACACUUCCACAGCAAAUCCCCAUUAAAACAAACAUAUCUUCCCCUGUUCUCACAGCAUCACCUGGAAACGUCAAUGGGAAGAUUGAGGAACAAGAGGUUGUAAGGAGCAUUGAUAAACCAGUGCUUGACAGAACCCUUGAUGAAGAUGAGCUGUUUCUCCUAAGUUAUGUCCCUGCCCUGAAAAGACUGACGCCACAGAAGAGAGCUGCGGUCAAAAUGAAAAUCCAGCAGAUUAUGUUUGAUGCCGAAUUCAAGUGAUUGAAAUGUCGUGUAAGUGAAAUAUCCUUUCCAGCAACCUUCUAAACAUGUAAAGUUGAUAUUUUUCACUUUCCUAACAAAUGUAAAUACAAUUGUACCCCUUAAGAUUAUUUCUCUUCAUCUUUUAUAAUGGAUUUGUUCACGAGAUGCUUUAUUUCUGUAUGUAUUUAAAUGCAGCAACCUAUCUGGCAUUAAUGUUUGUGGUAUUUGGUUUUGUUUAAUUCUUUAUUGGUCAAACAGCCUUGUACUGUAGAAAACAAUGAAACUGCUUCUCCAUAGUUUUCAGUCAUUCAUUUCUUUUUUAUUGUAAAGUGUAGACGUACAGUAUUGCUUAACAGUAAAUGAUAAAUACAAGGUUGAAUGCAGUAGCCUGUUGUCUUUUAUUGAGCAAACAUUGAUUCAUGUUUCCCAAAUACACUAUAAACAAAUUUGAACUUACAUUUUUAUGUAGAACUUGGAUUUACAAGUCAUUUUUCUUCUUUCAACUUGACUCGUGAUGAGCUAAUAUAACUUGGGAAAAAAACAAAUUGAAAUUACUUAAUUAAAUUUAGUAAACAUCACAUCACUUUUAAAGUGUAAAAAAGUCAUGAAUAAACAGUGCAAUGUGUAAAAUAGCAUAAAACUUGUAUACUGCCAAUCUGCAGAAAAAUCAGAUGUUCAUGCAUUUUUAUUAUUUAUGAGAGGCAGAGAAGUCCAGCGAUACCAAUCAUCAUGACACUUAAAACCAUAAUCUUAAUGUGAAAGCAAUGAAUACCAGUAAGCCAGACAGACGCUGUUUAUUUCUAUCUACUUUUAUCCUCCUUAUCUGUGUGGCUUUAGACAGAUUUUGAAAAUCCAUUAAUUCCUUGAUGAAAAACAUUUAUACGGUCUUGUAUGAUUACAGGGGAUUUGUUGAGAGUGAAUAGAACGUGUACAAUAGCUUUGCCUUUCGAGACUUUUUGUCAAAAAUGAGACAUGAAUGUGUGUUUGUGUGAUAAGACAGUGUCAGGACAUCGCUUAAGAUCUAUGGGUUACUUUGAAAUAAAAUAUAGCUUGCAUUUGAGCAUCAUAAAUUUAAAUUAUAAAAACUACUGUACAAUCACUCUUAAUUGCUUUAACCUCCUAAGACCCGAGCUUUGGUUUGUCUUUUUUCAGAUUCCUUCCAGCUAUUUUGGGGUUAGGAAGAACCAAUAAAUAUAAUAACCAAGUAUUAUUCUAAGAACAUGAAGCAGUGUAAUUGGCCAUGUUUGUGUACAACAGGUUCCAGUUACACAGAAUUAAGUAUUAU